AUGGAGGCGUGGGGAAGGGUUAUCCGGGGGUUACAAGCGGUGGACGUGCAUCUGCACGGCAUGCGCAUGGCUCUGGACACAGGGCAGAUCAAGGAGUCUCCUCUCGCUCUCCUACACGAGCUCCGCCCGCCCCUUGUGCUGCUUGCUCGCUCUGUGGGCCUGACACGUGCUCGUGCACACAACCCCUCACACCCACGCACACUCGCCUCCUCCUCACAACCCUUCGCACUCAACCCCGUUGUCAGCCUCGCCUCACUUCCCUCCUCACUCCCCGCCGCACUCCCCCUCGCACUCCCCGCCGCACGACCCGCGGGCGUUUGUGAGCAGCACGCACGCGUCAAGCCUGGUGGCAUCGCAGUUCUUCCUCUUCAACGCGCGCACAGCUCUGUGCGUGGUAGUCUGAGCGUGCGGGACAGCAUACAGAGAGGCAGUGUGCGGGACAGCAUGCAGGAAGGCAGUGUGGGCGACAGCAUGCAGGGAGGCAGUGCGGGGAGGGCUAGACAGUCGCACGUGGAACCAAAGCAACUGUUUACAGAAUCCCCUGCUGCUGCCACUCCUGCUGCUUCCACUUUCGUCGAAUCCAAAAACUCUGCUGCUGCUCCUGCUCCUCCUCUUCCUCCUAUUCUGCCUGCUGCUCAUGCUGCUGCUGCCACAGGCAACCACCCCACCACCAACACCCCUCCAUCUGCCAGCAGCAGCCCUUCCCUCCCCUACCCCACAGCCCUACCCCACGCUUUAAGUGGUGCUGGCGCUACUAAUAAUCGCUCUUCUCGCUCCUCCUCUGGCCUUCCCCACGCUUCAAGCGGUGCUGCUGAGACCACUGCUAGUAGACGCUCGUCUGCUUCCUGCACCGCACUCCACCACUCUGAAACCAGCUCUUUCACCAGACGGUUGUCCCAUGAGCACGCACGCAUGCCCCAGGUGUUGUCUUUAAUCGAUGUGACUAUAGCGGUUGCUGGAGGGGACCAGGGAGGGGUGGGUGGGGAGGAAGAGGGGGAAGAGGGGGAGGAGGAGCAGGAGGAGGAUGAGGAGGAGGACAGGGGGGAUGAGGAGGGAGGUGUGAGGAAGAUAACAGAGAUGGGAGGAGGGCAAGGGAGGGAUUUAGAGGGGAAAGGGAAGGCAAGAAGAACGAGAAUCAAACCGAAGAAAAGGGAGGAGAUUCAAGGGAGGCAACAGUCAGGAAUCGUGCGCUGCUGUGAUCGACUCAGUGCUGCAUGCUUUCCUUGUGCAUGCAUCUUCACAGCUUCUGCUCGUUUCCUCUCCGCCCUCCUCUCCCUCCUCUCCUCCCUCCUCUCCUUCCUCCUCUCAGCCACACGUUUCCUCCUCACCUCCCUCUCCGCGUCCUUCUCUUCUGAAAACGCGUUACCGCGAGCAAUCGCCUCCUUCAAAGUCACCCUCGCUAUAGUCACAUCGGCCCUCCUGGGCGGCCUAGUCUCCCCCACGUUCGACUUCUGGGCGGCAGUCACUGUAGCGUUCGUUUCAGGGGGGUACCAGGGCGGGUCUUUCAAAGCUUCAAUGCUGAGACUGCAGGGGACGGUGGCAGGGGCUGUGUUUGGGUACCUGCUGGUUCCUCUAACUACGGAUCGCAUGGCGCUGCUGCUGGUGGCGCUGGCUGUGUGGGUGUUUUUUACUGCGUUUGUGCGGACGAGUAAAGAGUAUGGAUAUGCAGGGGUGGUUGCGGCGUUCACUGCUGCGAUUAUCAUGCUGGGGUAUCCGGCUCUCAACAGCCCUCCUCCUCCUCCUGCCCUUUCUCCCUCGUCCCCGCCGCCCUCCCCUCCCUCCUCCUCUGUCUCCCUCUCCGACUUAACAGUCGAGCACUACGCUUUAUUGAGAAUCACAGAGACGUGCAUUGGUCUCGUGUCUGUGAUACUAAUAGAACUUCUAGUUUUUCCCACGCGUGCUGCGGCUCUGGCUCGGGCCGAGCUAGUCGCCAACAUCACUCGCUGCCGUGUCUGUGCUGCCACGGUUGCCUGGUCCUACUUCGGCGGGACGUUCGGCGGAAGGCUCGGCGGGAGGUUCGGCGACGGGCCGGGUGGGGUGGGCGGUGGUAGGGAGGUGGGGAGGUACGGUGGCAGGUCGAGCUGGGCAGGGUGGUUCGGAAGGUGGUUCAGGGGAAGGGGUAAGGGUGGCAGAGGGGGGGAGGGAGGGAGAGGGGGAGACGGUGGGGGAAGAAGAGGAAGUGGAGUGGAUGAUGAGAGGAGGGAGAGGAGAGGGAGCGAGGGAUGCGAGAGGGGAGCUGUAGGAAAGGCCAAGCACGUGCCUGCAUCAGCUGACAAAAAAGCUGGCUAUUCUGUUGAGAUGGGUCAGAGGGGUGGGCAGGCAGAGGUGACUCUUGAAUCGGCUCAGAGGGCAGAGGGUGGGGUAACGGGGAUGGAUGGAGGAGUAGAGAGCGGUGCAGUGCAGAUGAACGGAGGGAGGGGGAAUUUGGCAGAUGUUUUGGACUCUGUGCGUGGGCCCGUGAGUGAGCCUGUGGGUGGGUCCGUGGCUGUGUUUAUACCAGCGGCACAUGGGGAUGGGUGGGAUGGGGAGGGGGAUGUGGGAAGUGACAGUGGGGACAGGGAGAGGCAGCAGCAGCAGGAGGGGGAAGUGGAGCGGAUUGAUUCUGCAGCGGACCUUCUAGGGCGUGAGAGGGGAGGGGCAGAAGAGGGGGCAAGGCAGAGGGCGAGGAGGAGGAGUGGGAGAGGAGGCAGGGAGGAGAGGGAACGGAGGGGAGGGUUUGCAGGGAGGAGGCAGUGGAGGGCUGCAGGGGGGAGUGGCGGGCAGGGGAAGCGGCAGGGGCAAUGGCAGUGGCCUUGGAUGCGGCUUUGGGAACCGCAGGUAUCAAAGCAGCAGGGACAAACGCAACAGCCACAGCAACGGCAACAGCAGCAGCAGGAGGAGGAAGAAGAAAGGGUGAUGACAAAGAGCAGGGAGACGGGCCAUGAGAGGGAGGAGAGGCGGCGCAGGGAGAAAGCCGGGGCAGUGAAACGAGUGGCAGAGUUACAAGCUGCUGUGGCUGCGAGUAUGGCUCGGCAGCAGGUGCUGCUCGACGAAGCUACCGCCGAGCCUGCGCUCUGGCACGCUCCGUUUCCCGAGCCUGCGUACAAGAGGCUGUUGGCUAGUCAGCAGAGGAUGCACCAGUUGCUUUACUUUAUGGAUUGCAGCUUGAGGGCUGUGGCGUCUGUGGAGGGGAGGGAGAGGGAGGAGAGGAGGGAGAGGGAGAUGGAGGUUGCGAGGGAGGGGUGGAGAGUUCUUGAGGAGAAGAGGGCGCGAGGGAGAGAGGGGGAGAGGGAGGGGGAAGGAGAAAGUGGGGUGGCGCAAAUGGAAGUAGGGGGAAGGGGAGAAGGGGGAGAAGGUGGGGUGGAGGGCGGAGUGGGCGCAGAAAGUGGAGUGGGCGCAGACGGAGGCAACAGAGUGGGGGGAGCAGUGGGAGAAGGAGUGGGGGAAGCCUUGGGGGGCGCAGUGGGCGGAAGGGAGCUGGUACGCAGCAGUGAACCGCUCCCAACGGUUGCCGCUAACAGAGAGACCAGUGCGGGUGGCAUGGGCACGGGUGGAGAAAUGGCAGACAUAAGCUAUGCAGGUCCCUCUGCACGCUUUGAGAUGCUUGAUGGGAGUUCCGGUGAGAGGAGCAGGGAGGGGGAGCGACUGGGAGAAGCAGCAGUGUCGCAGGGCGCGUUGGCAGUAGCAGGGGCGCCGAUUGCAACAGCAGCAGCACCACCCAGCAGAUAUUUACCAGCAGGAGUAGGAGCGGGAAUGGGAAUGGGACUGGGAUCAGGAGCAGGAGGGGGAGCGGGGGCGGGAGCAGUGGGAAUGGGAGUGGGAGUGAAGGUGCUGCACGGGAGACCUAACGAAACAGGCAGGGAAGUGGAGCGAUUGGUACAGCCGCUAAGGGGCGCUCUGAGGGAAAUGGAGGAAGAGAUGGUGGUGGCUCUGUGGUGCGUGGAGCGUGCAUUAGUGUGGGGCCAUGGCAGCUGGGCUGGUGUGGUGGGGGGAGGGGAAGGGGAAGAGGCGUGGGAGGAAGAGUGGGAGGAGUGGGAGGAUGGGGAGCAUAUUGAAUGGGAGUGGGAUGAGGAGGAGAGGCGGGAGGGGAGUGAAGGAAGCUGGGAUGGGGGAGAGUUGAGGGGCGGUGGGACGGGGGGAGGGAGGAGAGUGGAGAGUGUGAGGGAAGGAAAGGAAGAAGAGGAAGUGGAGGGGCUGGUGAGGAGGGAAAAGGAGUGCGGGGUGGGAGGGAGCAGUGGAGAAGGGGUGGGGGGUGAAGCACAUGCAAAGAGACUCGUGUGGAGGGUAGGGAGCGGGGAUUCUGAUGAGGAGGAGGAGGGAGACGAUGAGAGGAAGGGAAGAAAGGAGGGGAAGGAGGAGGAGUUGGAGAAGGAGGAGAAGAAUGUGAAUGAGGAGGAGAGACAGUGGCAGCAGCAGGGCAGGCAGGAGGGCAGCAGUAGAGGGUGGAGUAGAAGAGGGAGUGGCGGCAGGAGAGUGAGUUUUGGGGGCAAUCAGAGCACCAGAUUGGGUGGAGAAUCAGGAGAAGCAGGAGAAAGGGAUGAAGGGGAUGGCAGGACGAGAGUGAGGAGGAGAAGGAGCGAGCCUGUAGCAGGGCGAGGAACGGCAGGAGUGGGAGGCGCGUCAGGAGUGAGUCCAGGUGCAGGAGGGAGUGUGAGUGGGAGUGGGAGUGGGAGAGUGAGUGGGAGAGGAGAGAGAAAGGCACGUUGGACGGUAGGUGGGGGCAUGGAAGCUCACAGCGACACCCACACCCACCCCGACUCCCACCCCGACUCCCACCCUCGCCGCCACCUCCCUGCCCACAACCACAAGAUACAAUGGCUGCUUCCCUCUCUCGCCUCCGCUCUCCCAUCCCUCCCGCCGCUCCCAGCCGCUCCCACUCCCCACCGCCGCUCCCUCCCUUUGCUGCACCGCCGGCAGCAGCAGCAGCACCACCACCAGAGCUUCGGGGGUUUCCGCAGCUGGCGCUGGCGCGUGGGGGCGUUUCAAGGAGGCAUGGGGGAUGAGGUGGGGGGCAGUGUUAGGCCGCUGCUGGCAGAGGAUGGGAGUGGGAGAGGGGAAGGGGGGGGGGAGGGGAGAGGGGAAGGGAGUGGGGAGGAUAGAAAGGAGGAGAGGGUUGAGGGAAGCAGGGAGGAGAGAGAGGGGGAGGAAAGCAACCGUGUAGUGGAUUCGGCAGUAAGGGUGAGCGUAGAGGGGACUGAUGCGACGACUCAGGAGGGGAGGAGUGGGCGGGGUGAAACAACUCAAAACACUCGUCAUCGCGAUGAAUCGACGCCGUGUACUGGCACAAGGAGAGCGGUGGCGGGAGCACACGGCACCACCACAAGGGGCAGGCGGGGGGGGCGGAAGCGAGCAAUGGAGGGGUUCGUGCGCGAGUACAACGACGUACUCGACGGGGAUGAUGCGGCUUUUGAGGCGCCUCAAAAGUCGUCUCAAAAGUACAACCACGUACUGGACGGGCCUGAUGCGGCGGCAGCAGGACACGGCACCAACACAAGAGGCAGGCGGGCGGGGCGGAAGCGAGCAAUGGAGGGCUUCGUGCGCGAGUACAACCACGUGCUGGACGUGCUGAUAGCGAGUAAGAAGCAGCACCCCGAGGAGAGCAUAGUGCGGAACUCGGCGAUGCUGUCGUUCAACUCGCUGGUGUUCAGCAUGCAGGCUCUCAUGGAGGAGAGCGAGGAGCUGGCCAGGAGUGCGCGAGAGAUGCUGCUGGUGGAGCAGCCGCUGGACGUGGGCCACAUGGCGGCGAUCCGGUUCACUUGA